AGAUGCACACACCAACCUCACACAGCCAAUCAACAACCACAGCCCGACCCGUGUGUUACUGUGACACUCCCACGCUGCACAGCCUGGCCGAGGCCCUCUUGUACCCACUAGUCCCCGCUCCCCUCCCAGAGCCAAGAGAGGACCCAGGAGUCCGGGCUCCGGGCUCCCAGCUCCCCACAGCACAGCGGGGCCCCGCGCACAGCCCAGGGGCGGGGACCGGGUUGCCCCAUUACGGGCUCCUGCCGCCGGGGGACCAGGUGCCGCGAGCGCCCCCAGCGGCGGGACUCGGGACCCAGGCGUCCGGCGGGGGGCUGGGCCGGAGGGUCGCUGCGCUGGGGCCCCCCCCCCAGCUGCUGGAGCUGGCGGCGCAGGCGCGGGGCCGGGCGCGGAGCGGGCGGGAGGCGGCCCCGGGGAGGCACCAGCCGGGGGCGGGAAGUCGCUGCCCGGGCGGAGGAAGCGGCCGGGGCCGGAGCCGAGCCCGGCGAUGGCUGCAGCGGGGCCGGCGCAGCCGGGAGGAGUGGGGGCUCUUAUCCCGGCCAGAGAAGCAGCUGUACCGGGACCAGAUGCUGAGGAAUUACCGGGCCCUCGUUUCCUUGGGCUGUUCAGGUUCCACACCAGACUUAAUCCACCGGAUCGAGCUAGGGGAGGCAGAGCUCUGGAUCCGGGAUGCCGAGGACUCCAGGGAAAACUCAAGACCUGAAAGCCCCUCCUCAGAAGCGAGUCACCACAGCUCCCCCAUGCCUCAACUUCCUCAAGUGUGUAAUGGAAAAGGGAUUGCGGCUCUGAGGAUAAACUUCAUCUCAGGGCACGAGAGCCUGGGAGGAACGAGGACAUGGUCUGUCUUUGGCAGGAGCUUCAGCCAGUCCUCAGUCGUGAAAAUACACCCGCAUAUGCACACCAGAGAGCGGCUGUACCACUGUGCUGACUGCGGAAAGGGCUUUGCACAGAGCUCAAACGUGAGAACACACCAGCGCACACGCACUGGGGAGCGACCACACCACUGUGCUGACUGCAGCAAGGGCUUUGCAGAGAGCUCACUCCUGAGAACACACCACCGCACACGCACUGGGGAGCGUCCGCACUGCUGUGCUGACUGCAGCAAGGGCUUUGCAGAGAGGUCACACCUGAGAAUACACCAGCGCACGCACACGGGGGAGCGGCCGUACCACUGUGCUGACUGCGGAAAGGGCUUUGCGGAGAGCUCAAGCCUGAGAAGACACCAGCGCACGCACACUGGGGAGCGGCCGUACCGCUGUGCUGACUGUGGCAAGUGCUUUGCACAGAGCUCAAUCCUGAGAAGACACCGACGCACACACACCGGGGAGCGGCCGUACCACUGUGCUGACUGCGGCAAGGGUUUUGCACAGAGUACAAGCCUGAGAAGACACCAGCGCACACACACUGGGGAGCGGCCGUACAGCUGUGCUGAUUGCGGCAAGAGUUUUGCAGAGAGCUCAAACUUGAGAACACACCAACACACACAUAGCGGGGAGCUGCUGCACUGCUGUGAUGUUUGCGGCAAGAACUUCAGCAACACCAAUGCACUGACCAAGCACCAGCGCACACACACAGGGGAGAGGCCUUUCCAAUGCACUGACUGCAGCAAGAGCUUUGCAGAGAGCUCAAGCCUGAGACGACAUCAGCGCACACACACCGGGGAGCGGCCGUACAACUGUGCUGACUGUGGCAAGUGGUUUGGUAGAUUGGCCAACCUCAACCGGCACCAGGUCACUCACACUAACACCCCUCUGCCAUCGCCAGGGCCUGAGGGGCUUCUUGCAGCCAGUGGGCCUGUCAUGGCAUCAGCAGAUGUAGCCCAGAGCUGGAUGCUAUCCUCAGUGGAAACCCCACCUCCACUGCCAAGAGCCGCAUGGAUACUUCAGAGGGCACAGAGGCAGCGGAAAGAGGACCUAACCCAGAGGCUGAAGUUAUUGAUGAAGAGGUGGAGUUAGAUGAGGAUGUGCAGCUCCUGGCAGGGUCAUCCAGUAGGCCAGGCAGCCAGGAACUGUUCUCCACUCCAGAGCUGUCUAGCCAGACUCAGCAGUUGCUCUUCAGGGAGCAAGAAGCAGGAGAUGAGAUGCCUGAUAUGGACUUCAGGAACACCUCACACAUGCUGGCCAAGCAUCUCCGCCAGAUAAGAAAACCCCCAAGAUGUAGCAAAGAAGACAUGUUCUGGGAGGUCCGGCAGUGCUCUAAUGCAGAAAAAAAGGGAACACAAGGAGUGCUGGGAAGCUGAAUAGCAGGACAGAAAAGAGAAUCACAUGUUUGUUAAGGACACAACUGAGCGGCUGAUUAAAAUAAUGGAGGAGCAAACAUAGGUGCUGAAGUCCUUAAUAAUGCUGCAGACUGAGACCUUGCCUAUGCUAGAGGGGAAAUUCGA